AUGGUGCUGGGCUUGCACCGACCCUGUGCAAGAGUUCUCAGGAAAGAUGCAAAUGCAGCGUUGCUGAGCAACUAUGAGGUCUUCCAGUUACUGACUGACCUGAAGCAGCAGCGCAAAGAGAGUGGAAAAAACAAGCAGAGCUCUGGUCAGCAGAAUCUGAACACAAUAAUGUAUGAAACACUGAAGUACAUUUCAAAAACACCUUGUAGAUACCAGAGCCCUGAGACUGUGAGAGACUUCCUCAUAGCAAUGAAAGGCCACAAGCUAACCAAGGCAGAAAAGCUGCAGUUGCUUAACCACCGGCCUGUGACAGCAGUUGAAAUACAGCUGAUGGUAGAAGAAAGCGAGGAGAGGCUGACGGAGGAGCAGAUCGAGGCCCUUCUCCAGACAGUGACCAGCAUCCUGCCCGGGGACCCGGAGGAACAGCAGAGAGACUCAGCAAUGGCAACUGGAGACAAAGGUGACCAAGCCUAG